AUGAUGGACAUUUCCUCCAAGGUGCGAGCAACAAUAUACGCACCCCCAAUGAAUGAGGCUCUCUACGCCAACAAAAUACGACUCCCGGUCGACCAAAAUGAUUUACGAUACUCGGUCAAAAUCAAAAUUGGGAGCCCAGGCACUGAGAUGACCCUGCUUCUCGACACCGCAAGCGGACCAAUUUGGACCCAAUGCAAGAAAUCGAGAUCUAUUUUCUUUCCGGGAAAAUCCCAUUUCAUUACGGAAAGGUCAAAAACAUAUCGAAUGUUACCAUGUAAUCACCCCAUGUGUCGAAUGGACAAUGGCAUGUGUACAUGCAAAAACAAAAUGUGUGUUUGUACCGUCAAAUACGGUAUAACGGGUGGAAAAAAUACUAAGGUUGACUAUAUUCUCUCGUCGGACUCGUUCACCCUACCUCUGAGGAACAAGAGCUCAACAACUUUCCCAAAUAUGAUCUUCGGGUGCGCUGACCGGUCACCCAUCUUCUCCGGAAUCCUCGGCAUGAACAUGGAGCCCUCUUCUCUAAUUAAACAGUUGAGGGAAAAUGCCAAGGGACGAUAUUCCUACUGCCUUCACCAGGGACAUGGCCUUCUAAGAUUUGGAGACGACAUACCACAAGUCACGAAAUACUAUAAAACAACAAAAAUACUAACUCCUUCAAUCGAUGAAAUGUACGUUGGCUUGACGGACAUAAGUGUGGCUGGCAAGCAGCUCGGUCUCUCUCCGGCUAUGGUUUCAGAUGUAAAUAAUGGAGGAAUACUCAUCGGCACAGGGGCCCAGAUGACCGUCCUCAAGAGAAGGGCUUAUGAGAAGGUAAUACAAGCUUUUGCGGGUUAUUAUGACGGUAAGCUUAAACGGGUGAAAAUGCCUAGGUGGGGACUUUGUUACAAGCGCAAUUCUAGCAUGAAAAGAAAUGUCAGCAUGACUUUUCAUCUUCAACGGGCCGAUUACGUGACGAGCGAUAUGUUUAUGGACUUCUUGGAAAGAAGUGUCAUGUGCCUUGCGCUACUCGAAAGUGAUGUGCCAAUACUUGGAGCCGUGCAACAACUCAAUAAGAGGUUCAUUUUCGACACAAACAAGAAUGUGGUGAUGUUUGCCGAUGAGGAUUGCGCAAAGGAUAGAGGAUAA